AUGGAGCUAAGUAACAGCGACUUCAUACGUCUUUACGAGUUGAAUCUGAUCCCUCUGAGAGUCGUUCUGGCUUCCUUGGUCUGGGUUCUCCACGAUUAUUUUGUUACCUUGGAGGACGAGGUGGAAUACAUUUGGAGUCAAAAACGGAGUUUGGGAAAAUUCAUGUUCUUAUGGGUUCAGUACUACACCAUAUUCCUGGUCGCCUUCGAUACCCUCCAGAUCCAUUCCUUCGCCAUCCCAGGUGUCGCCAGUGAUAAACUUUGUGUCGCCGCCGAUCCCGUCACCCGGCUAGCAGGGGCUAUUAGCCUCUGGUCGGUCGAAGUCAUUAUGCAACUAAGGAUUUACGCCCUCUUUAAUCGUUCGAAACGUAUCGCUCUAUUCAAUGCCGUCCUCUUUCUCGCCUCUAUUGGGAUCUUCCUUUGGAUUAUGAUUGUAAAUGCCAUGAAGCGGGGGAAGGCCAUAUCCCAAGCCCUCCACCUGCCCCUUCCCGGAUGCCCAGUCAUCAACGGUGGGACGGGGUGGUCGCUGUGGAUUGCUCCCACUGUCUUUGAAUUCACCCUAUUCCUUUUCGUGGUUUAUAAGAGCAUUGUGUCAGUAUCGGCACGAAUUCGACUCAACCAACGCGUGUCCUUGACGGCAGUGUUGCUACAGGAGAAUAUAUUGUACUUUUUCAGCGUUGCCUGUCUUUUAAUAUUCAAUAACCUGAUGGUUGUGGGCGCAACGCACAUCCCGUGGUUCGGCUUCGGGCCAUUUCACGCUGCGAUAGGGAUCGUGACAUGCCGCAUGCUAAUCCAUCUUCGUAAAUUCGCCCUGGAGAAUUUUGACGAUUCCAUGAACACAUACGGAAGGAAAAGAGGCCCGCUCCGAUUCGAACAUACUUCAUACACGACAUCUACCUGCGACUAA